AUGGCAACAACCAUUCGCCUCCGGGUGCAGGGGCCGGAAGGACGAGCAAACAUCAACAUCGACAGCAGCGCCACAUGGUCAGACCUCACACGCGAGAUAUCUAAUAAGACCGGCGUGGCCGACUUCGACAUCAAAUAUGGCUACCCACCCCAACCUUUCAACACCGAAUCCAUCGACGGCCAGACUAAGCUUUCUGAUCUUCCGCACAAGCUCAACGGCGAGCAGUUUACCCUCGUGCCAAGAAACAUUCAGGAAAAGCUUUCAAAUCCUAUGGAGUCUACCAAGCGAGUCGCGGAAACGGUCAAGAAUCUGCCGCCACGAGACCUGAUUUCGCCGCCUGAGCACAAAGCUGGCGACUCCCCAGACCAGCCACUCAGUCUCACUCGAAAGAAGAAACCAAACGUGGAAAGCGAUCCACCUGAAGUUCCAGUUCCGAAUCUGGAAGGCGUGAUGGUUCUCAGGGUUAUGCCAGAUGACAACUCUUGCAUGUUCCGCGCGCUCUCCUCCGCUGUUCUUGGCUCGGCACUCGAUGGCAUGACGGAAUUAAGAUCGGUGGUGGCGCAGACUAUUCAGUCCAAUCCAGAGCUUUACACGGAAGGCAUGCUCGAGAAGAAGCCAGAAGACUACUGUCGCUGGAUUCAGCGGGAAGACAGCUGGGGAGGUGGUAUCGAGCUUUCGAUCCUGAGUCAGCACUUCAACAUCGAAAUCGCAAGCAUCAAUGUCCAAGAUUUGAGAGUCGACAGGUUCAACGAAGCCAAGCCGACGCGAUGUAUCCUGGUGUAUUCUGGCAUUCAUUACGAUGUAUGCGCCGUAACGCCAUUCAGUGGCGCGGAACCCGAAUUCGACCGGAAAGUCUUUGACGUCGUCAAGCUAGACGGAGAGGAGAUUGAUGGUGGUGCGUUGGCUGGGGCUCUUGAGCUCUGCAGAACGCUGCAGAGCCGACAUUACUUCACGGACACACACGGCUUCUCGUUGAAGUGCAACCAGUGUGGUCAGAAAGGCAAUGGGCAGCAGUGGGCAGUUCGGCACGCAAACGCGUCCGGACAUUCUGAUUUUGGGGAAGCCGAUUGA